GCCGCGCCCUGGCGGCGGCGCGCGCGCUGGCCUGGAGACCGACUUGGAGACCUAUCUGGAGGCCGAGCUGGCCCGGCAGGCAUUGCGCGGGCAACAUGGCGGCGCCCGGCGAGCGGGGCCGCUUCAGCGGCGGGAGCCUCUUCUCCUUCCUGCCCGGCGGCGCGCGCUCGGAGGUGAUGGACGACCUGGUGACGGACGCGCGCGGCCGGGGCGCGGGGCGGAGAGAUGCGGCCGCCUCGGGCCCGACCCCAGCCCCGGCGCCGGCCUCCGAUCCUCAGGUCUCCGAGGACACCUCCCGGAGGCGGCCCUGCCGGGCCUGCGUGGACUUCAAGACGUGGAUGCGGACGCAGCAGAAGCGGGACAGCAAGUUUAGGGAAGACUGUCCUCAGGAUCGCGAGGAACUGGGCCGGCACAGCUGGGCUGUCCUCCACACCCUGGCUGCCUACUACCCUGAUCUGCCCACCCCAGAACAGCAGCAAGACAUGGCCCAGUUCAUACAUUUAUUUUCCAAGUUUUAUCCGUGUGAGGAGUGUGCUGAAGAUAUAAGGAAGAGGAUAUGCAGGAACCAGCCAGACACACGCACUCGGGCCCGCUUCAGCCAGUGGCUGUGCCGCCUGCACAACGAGGUGAACCGCAAGCUGGGCAAGCCCGACUUCGACUGCUCACAGGUGGACGAGCGCUGGCGCGAUGGCUGGAAGGACGGCUCCUGCGACUAGGCGGUGGCCGGCAGAGCUGUGGGACAGCAGCCCGGGCCUCCGGGCAGCCUGGCCAGAGGGGGACAGGGCACUCAUUAAAGUGCGUCAGAGCCAGA